AUGUCGACAGGGGCGUUAAGGAAUCUUACGCGGAAGGGAUUUCUCCAGCCUCCGGAGGAUAGUCCGACAGAGAGCACUGGACGACGCGCCGGCGAGGCGGAUAGCUACAGGUCUCAGCGCAUCUCAAGAUCUCGAGUGAGGUUUGAGCUGCCACAGGAAGAGCCCGAAGACUUGUUCACUGAUUCAAACCGUCGCUGGGCCAAUGUGUACGAUGCGUGUGCCAGUAUGAAACAUCCAGAAUCACUUCAAAGUCAGUUGGAUAGAGUCUAA